UGUUUGCGGGGGCCGAGCAGUAAAAGUGGUGUGGAGCACCAACUGUCACAGUUCCUUCCAGCCAUGGUGGCAGACAGAACGGGAUCCUCACCUGGUCCAUGGACCCAGUAUUAUCAGAAUGUAUCAUCUAGUGCCUUCUUCAUCAGGAUUAGUUUGCUGAAAUAUUGCAUCAUUGCCUUGAUUCGUAUAAUCACCCAACCCCUGAAGACCAUCUACCAGAUCCUACUGGUUAUUAUUGAACACUUUCCCAUCAACUUUCAGGAUAUGAUGCAACAAGUUUCCCAUACCACAGAAGUACUCCAUGCUUCAGUCUCCACUCUUGAUUCCUUCCAAGAUCUGUCUAGACAAAUCCUCUCCCAAAUAUGGGAGAAAGUGACCAAGGAGGAGGAACAUAUGAAUGAGCUGCUGGAGUAUGUGGUGUACAGUACACCUCUCUGUUGGUUUGUGGGACCCUUCAAUGCUUUAAGAGGUAGAACAUAAGCAGACUCCACAGAAACUGUAGAAUAUGGAUAAGAAGGCGCACAUAACAAGUGACACUGCAGAAGUUUGGAAACUGUUACAG